AUGGGCUCAUUAUGGGAGUCGGAAUCAGAUUGGGCAUGGCUUCCGAUGAACUUAUUUGAUAUGAUUCUCUACAAGUUGGUUUCACUUGCUGACUAUGUUCGCUUUGGUGCUGUGUGCAAAUCAUGGCAAUCUGUGGCAAUGGACAACAAAGUUCAAUUUUUUGAAAAUAAAGGCUGCAGACAAGUUCCAUUCUUGAUGGUCCCUAGUCAAGAUGAUAGCCACCAGGAAAGACGUAGCCUAUACAACAUCAUUAAUAAUAAAUUAUUUGAUUUUCAGGUACGGGUACCUUACAAGAAGAGGCUUUCUGGUUCAUCACAUGGUUGGUUAUUUACUGUAGAAGAAUCAUUCGGCUUAACCUUAAUUAACCCGUUCUCUGGAGCUACCAUUGAGCUUCCUCCGAUUAUUAAUCGCUCAGAAUACGAAUAUCAAGAAAUCAUCAAUAUGGGUUAUACAAAACCUCCUGAUGUUGAGUUUAAAGUUAUGAAAGCUAUAUUGUCUGCUGACCCUGUUUCGUCUCCUGGUGACUAUAUUAUUAGUGCGAUCUAUAGUGAUUGCAAAUCAUUGGCAUUCAUUCAGCCAGGAGACAGAGCUUGGACUUACAUAGAUAAAGAUAGAUUGAGAUUUAGCCUCAUUCUUGAUGUUAUAUUUUAUAAAGGCCAAAUUCUUGCCGUCGAUGGUUUCAAUAGAAUCAUAAUGGUUGAUCUCAAUAGAAGGGUUAGGGAGAGUAAGGCUCCCCAAGUGCAGGUAAUUGCACCGCCAACUAAUCUGCAGUCUGAACGUAAUUAUCUUGUCGAAUCAUCUAGCGGGGAUUUACUUCUCGUGCAUAGGAAUAUAGAUUAUGAUCUCCCUGAUUUACAGCAUACAACUUUUGAUUUUAAGGUUUUCAAGGUGCUUUUACAAAAAACAGAUAAAAAGGUUUGGGCUAAACGGGUUGAAGUGAAUAACUUGGGCGGAGACACCAUGUUUUUGGGAGAUAACCAUUCAAUUUGUGUUUCAGCUUCCAAAUGGCCUGGGUGCCAGCCUAAUUCCAUAUACUACACGGAUGAUUAUAUUGACAUUAAAUUACAUCCCCUACAUGGGCGCCGCGACCUUGGUAUCUUUAACGUAGAGAAUGGAAACUUUGGAAUGCAUUAUAGCCUGGAUCCUUCACAUAAGCAUAUGCCGCCCUCAAUUUGGAUUGUGCCAUCUAUUUAA